GAGUCGCGUCGUACGACUCGUACGCUCGGCCGAACCGGUCGGUUUAAGUGGUGUCGUCACGGUCUCGUCGCGUUUUCCGCGGGAAACAACAGUUUGUUCAGGGAGAAUCGUUGCGGAUGCGCCGAUUGUUAUCAGCAUAAUUUGUUGCUUCUAAUGUCAUCAUCGUCCAACAUGGCUUUAAUGCGUUACUCAUGGGUCCUGUUGCUACCAGUUUUAACGUGCGUUCAGGGAGCCCUUAGAGCGUCGACGCAGGAUUUAAAAGUACACGUCAAUCACCUGACCAGGUUCAACUUGUCACUGACGGAAUCGUUACCUGACGACAGAGAUGCACUAGUUACGAUAGCUGUGCAGCAUCCCGAUCUGCUAUCUGUAAACCCAUCAAACUUUUCCAUCGCAGCGGCAGACUCACCGAGAGAAUGGAUUAUUUAUGUUAAAGCCCUGAGUGCAGGUCACUCGAUCGUUAGCGCUAAUGUGACUCCUGGUGAUAUCACGGAUUUCUCUCAAGCAUUUGUUAGAGUGACGAUAGAGAAAUCAGAUGAAUUGUACCACAUCAGUGCUGUGGUCGGAUGGAUAUAUUUUGUGGCAUGGAGCGUGAGCUUCUAUCCACAAAUCCGUAUUAAUUACAAACGUAAAAGUGUCGUGGGUCUUAAUUUCGAUUUCCUGUCACUGAAUCUAGUCGGUUUUAUCAUGUACGCGUUGUUUAAUUGUGGCCUCUACUGGGUACCUGAGAUUGAGAAUCAGUAUUUCGAUCGAUAUCCAAAAGGUUUGAAUCCCGUGCAAAUCAAUGAUAUAUUUUUCUCGCUACACGCAGUAUUUGCUACUGCAGUAACUGUUGGGCAGUGCUUUAUUUACGAGAUUGGCAAUCAAAGGGUGUCAACGACCGCGCGUAUUAUCCAUGGGAUAUUCGCGAUUUUUAUACUGAUAUCUUUGAUAUUAUCUUUCGUCAAGACAAUCCAGUGGCUAGAUUUCCUCUACUACUGCAGCUACGUUAAGCUAAGCAUAACGCUUAUUAAAUAUGUACCGCAGGCGUUUUACAAUUAUAAGAGGAAGUCCACUGUCGGCUGGAGUAUAGGAAAUAUAUUCUUAGAUUUUACCGGCGGCAUUCUGUCAAUGCUACAGAUGAUACUCAACGCUUACAACUAUGACGAUUGGGAGAGUAUUUUCGGGGAUCCGACUAAAUUCGGUCUUGGAUUCUUUUCCGUGGCAUUUGAUAUAUUUUUCAUAAUACAGCACUAUGUCCUGUACAGGUAUUCUGAGCCUGUGCCACUAAUAAAAUAAAGCUGUAGCAUCUUGCGGACUAAAGCUUUUACAUUCAAUGAAUGUGUGGUGAUAUUUCAUGCAGAAACUGGGGAUCCUCACUGAUCUUUUUUUUAUAUUUUAUUUUUAUAUUUCAUGUUAAAAAUAAUGCAUGAUUUUACUAAUCGUUAAUGUAACAGUUAACUUACUUCGGUAUUUCACCACGUUAAUUUAGUUAUAAUUGUACAUAUAUUAUAAAUAAUAUACACAACGAGAGAGUACAUUAAAUAUUUUUGUACGAGAAUGGGAAUAUUUACGUGUGAUUGGAUUUUCAUAAUCGCAUAUACAUAUAUAAAUAUGUGUGUUGCCAUUUCGUCUUAUCUAUUUAGUGAGCUACGCAAUUGUAGAUGUGACGUAGAGCAAGACUUUGAUUUUACAGACAUAGCGAUGAGAAGGUGAUUGACCUGAACGGCAGAAUAUAGCGACUCUACGACGAGGACUUAAUUUCUCCCUCCCUCAAAAAAAUCCUUUCCCGUUCCAUACUUUAUAUAGAUGUUUUUAUAUUCGCAUAAAUCUCUGCAUGUGUAUAUAUUGUGUAUCUGCGCACAAUAUAAAUAUUUUUUACUUUUAUAAUUUUCAUUAAUUAACUUCAUCAGUUAAAUCUAUUUCUUAAUUUUAUUUAAUUUUAAGUCAAAACGUAUAUGAAUUGAUAUUAUAACUACGACUGUUCGUAUUUUCUCUAAAACAUUAUUUUUUAUAUUUCCGGCUAGGUUAUUUAAAUUAAGAAGAUAGUACAAACUAUUAACGUAGGACCACAAUGAAUAAUUCCAAUACGAAUUAAAAAAAAAGAGAGGAAUAAUGCAAUCUCACGGGAAGUUUGCACAAAUAAAUUACACGUUUGACAGUAUUGCCAAGUUAAUUAUAGAUGAUAAACAGUAUUUAGCAGUUUAUGAUGUAAAAUAAAAGCACUAUAUUAGAGAAAGGAUGGUAUAUAGGCGGAAUAUUUUUUAAUGUAGCAAAAUUUCUGUUGACCAAUCAGACAACGAUUAUAUUAACGUUGUUACAAUAAAAAUAUUUUACGGA